AUGCAGGCAAGAAGCAGAGAUCGCGACGUUACGUCGUAGCCAUUUUGUUUCACCGGGAGUAAAGAAACCAACCUGAAAAGCACCGGCGUCAAUAUUUUCCUUUAUUUGGAGCACCUUCAACACGGCGGAUCAGCAUCGUGCACCCAAGUUUAGAUUCGCAUGAUGUCUGGAGACAUGGCCACAGAUCAUGUAAAUGGGAAUGGUACGGAGGAACCCAUGGACACUACAGCGGAGGUGACCCGCUCAGAACACUUCCCAGCUUUACUGGAGGCUGGUUUACCUCAGAAUGUGGCUGAGAAGCUAGAUGAACUUUACGUUGCAGGCCUAGUAGCACAUAGUGACCUAGAUGAAAGGGCUAUUGAAGCUUUGAAAGAAUUCAAUGAAGAGGGAGCCCUGCAAGUGCUGGUCCAGUUCAAAGAGAGUGAUCUGUCACACGUGCAAAACAAAAGUGCCUUUCUCUGUGGGGUGAUGAAGACUUACAGGCAGAGGGAGAAACAAGGGACUAAAGUUUCAGAUUCCACUAAAGGACCAGAUGAGGCUAAAAUCAAAGAACUCCUGGACAGAACCAACUACACACUUGACGUCACAACAGGCCAGCGGAAGUAUGGCGGGCCCCCACCUGAGUCUGUGUACUCCGGUGCCCAACCCAAUGUUGGAACAGAGAUAUUUGUAGGAAAGAUUCCCCGUGACUUGUUUGAAGAUGAGCUGGUUCCUCUCUUUGAGAAGGCUGGGCCUAUCUGGGACCUCAGGCUAAUGAUGGACCCACUGAGUGGCCUGAACAGGGGCUAUGCCUUUGUCACUUUCUGCACUAAAGAAGCGGCCCAGGAGGCAGUGAAGCUGUGCAAUAAUCAUGAGAUUCGCCCUGGCAAGCACAUCGGGGUGUGUAUAUCUGUCGCCAACAACAGGCUAUUCGUUGGCUCCAUUCCCAAGAGUAAAACAAAGGAGCAGAUUGUUGAAGAGUUUGGUAAAGUCACAGAGGGCCUCAGUGAUGUCAUACUGUACCAUCAACCUGAUGACAAAAAGAAGAACCGAGGCUUCUGCUUCUUGGAGUACGAAGACCACAAAACGGCUGCUCAGGCUCGCCGGCGGCUAAUGAGCGGCAAGGUGAAGGUUUGGGGCAAUGUGGUGACAGUAGAGUGGGCAGACCCCAUUGAAGAUCCUGACCCAGAGGUCAUGGCCAAGGUGAAGGUUUUAUUUGUGAGAAAUCUUGCCAAUGGUGUCACGGAGGAGAUCCUGGAGAAGUCCUUUAGUGAGUUUGGAAAACUGGAGCGAGUUAAGAAGCUUAAAGACUACGCCUUCAUUCACUUUGAAGAGAGGGAUGGCGCAGUGAAGGCGUUGGAAGAAAUGAAUGGGAAGGAGCUGGAGGGAGAGCCCAUUGAGAUUGUUUUCGCCAAGCCACCAGAUCAGAAGAGGAAGGAGCGCAAAGCACAGAGGCAAGCAGCCAAAUCACAAAUGUACGAUGAUUAUUACUACUACCCUCCCCCUCCCCACAUGCCGCCUCCUGUCAGAGGCCGAGGCAGAGGCGGCAACCGGGGUGGCUAUGCUUACCCCCCUGACUACUACGGUUAUGAGGACUACUAUGACUACUAUGGCUAUGACUAUCACAACUACCGUGGCGGCUACGAAGACCCCUACUACGGGUACGACGACUUCCAGGCCCCAAGCCGAGGACGGGGCGGCAGCAGGGGCUCCCGGGGAGGAUCCUCUCCAGCCAGAGGACGGGGUGGCGCCGGGGCACCCAGAGGCAGGGCCAACUUCUCCCAGCGGGGGGGUCCCGGACCAGGCCGCGGUGGGCGGGGAGCAAGAGGAGGCGUGCAGCCGAGAGGGCGAGGAGGGGUACGUGGUGCUCGGGGUGGCCGCGGUGGAAAUGUAGGAGGAAAGCGCAAAGCUGAUGGGUACAACCAGCCAGAUUCCAAGCGUCGCCAGACCAAUAAUCAGAACUGGGGCUCUCAACCCAUUGCUCAGCAACCGCUCCAAGGUGGUGAUCAUUCUGCAGGAAAAAGGGGUCGAGGCCGGUCCUGAUGUGUCGCUAUGAAGACUGACCAGUGUAUGGCGUCACACACUGCAGGCUGCCAGUGGAUGGGAAUGGUAAGGUCAACUGACUCAGUGGUCCAAUGGUAUUCCAGCCUUUUUUUAAGGAGCAGAUCUCCUAAAACUGCCAUGUUCGAAGAUAAUCAGAAGAGCAAAACUUGAGCUUGCUUUUUUUGUUUUACAAAAGAGGUGACUUUUAAGUUUAUAAGCCCUGUGCCCCCAGCCCCAAAUAUGCCAUUUGAGACUUACUGAGUAGGAGUUCAGAAUGGACAUCCUCCUGGAAAAGUCUUUGCACUUUUUUGUUUAAGUUUGGAGUGGUUUGGUGGAAUUUGAUGCUUUUCUUUUUGUCUUUUGAGCUCUUAAACUACAUCUUUUACAAUGGACUAGACCUGAUGAUCUAUGAUUAUCAGAGAUAGUGUUGAGGUGUGAUCAGCUGGUCUUGAAGGUCGGGCAUUCCAGGAAAAUGGUUCUUUAAGAACGUUAGCCACCAAGGGUCCGUUAACUACCUCAGUUUCGAGGACUGGCCUGCUCUGUCCCAUUUUGUACUUGAGGAAACUGAGGCAGGGUUCGACCCCCCCCAAACUCCCACUCCACCUCAGAGAUAUGCACAGGCAACAACAGAGUACUUAAUGGAUUUUAGCUCUCAGUUGAGACUUGACGUAAGCUGCAGCUGCUGUAGACACGUUAGCUGGUCCUCCUGAAAUGAGCCUGAACGAGCCUUGCUGUCUUGAGAAAUGAACAGAGUGAAUAUGUAGUUUACAGACAGGAGUUGUUUUGUAACUUGUUACUUUUUCUUUGUAAAAUCCUAAAUGCCUGGAAACCACAGUCAUCCUUUGUCUUCCACGAUGGGAAAACUGUCUUUUGUUUUCGUUUGUACCCGUCGAUGUAAGGAUGUUUGCAAAGUGAUGUCUCAGGCUGUCUGUUCUGCACAAACAUCUGUGACGUCAGAGGUCAUUCACGGAUGACCACUGACAUCCAGUCGCGCUACCUUUUUUUAAAAAUUUUAUUUAGUAUUUUAAGCAGGUCUGGAAGAAUAUGAAUUUAUUUCCAGGUCCUGAAAAGUUUAAGAAGAAAUUAAGUUUAAGAAACUAGACAUGGCAUGGAAAAGUUUUCAUCGCAAGAAGCAUGAUUAUACGUUUCACAUUGUAUGUCCCUGUAGAUUAUCAUGCCAUAUAUGUGGUUGUGACAAACUUUCUAUAAACUGGUGUUAAUUCGUGUCUACACAUUAUACUGGAAAUCAAAAUGUUAAGAAUUUAAAGGAGGAAUCCAUCCUAAUGUUAAGCUUUUGGGGAAAAUAACAGGCUUUUAGUGAUGUACACUUUAGGGCACAUGUGGCUUCACAGGGUGUGUAAUAAUGUACCUGCAGAGCGCAGCUACACACGUUAUUAUCUACGGUACUUAAAAUGAUUUGAUUGCUUGUGUAAAUUGAUCAGUGAGGGUUUUCUCUUGUGGUUUUAGCUAAUAAAAAUCAACUAAAAUCCAGCUUUUCUGUAAACCGUCAAUAGAAAUUGGAGAUGAUUGUCAACAAAUCCCACAAAAAUACCAAAACCAACUGUGUAAAUUAAUCUCUGAAUACUCUCUGACUGCUUGUCUGUAGCCGUCAGCUCCAAGCUCAUUGGUUCCUGCUGAAGAUGUCAUUAAAACCAUAAAUAUAUAGUUAUGUUUAAAACAAAAAGUAUGUCACUGAAAUAGCGCAUUUGUGGGGACUAUUUUCAUCUGCGGAUUAAUACACAUUUGGUGCUCUAGUGAGUUUUGGGGCAGCAGGACGGUGCAUGUGGGUCAAAAUAAACCACAGUGUGUGUGUUCAUGGUGAUGAAGGAACAUGUCACCCAGUGCAGCAGUGUGGUUUAUUGAUGUGUUUUGGACAAUAGAGCUCUGUGGCACAGAGGAUCAGGCUGUGAUACACACAGUAUUUGUCCGUGGACACAUUCACUGUUGGUUUUGUGCAUUUUAUGGGAUUUGUUGAUAACACGAAACAUCUAGAGUAUUACCAGACUUGUCCGUUUAAAUGAUGCGAGAUAUUUACAAUCACGUUUUGGUGUCGUAAAGUCACAGCGUAUGGAGCACUUUAUAGGGCUUACAGUUUACAUCAUUGUUAGGCAGUCACACAGGGAAUGUGCACAGAGAUCUAUGUCUUCACUCAUAUAAUGUAAUGCACCCACAAGAUGUUUGAAUUAUGAAAUGUGGCCAUGGCUGUAUAGCAAUAUUUAUAGUCCCUGUCUUUUUAUAACUCCAGUGCUUUUCUGGGAGUGGUAAAGGGCAUUCUGGGAAUUGUAGUUACAUAAUGAAGUAGUGCAAAUUUACUGCAUCACAAAGAAACUUUUCGAAUGGAUUAUAUGUUACAGACUUACAUGGUUUUUGAUGGUGACACUGUAUUAGGUUGGAUUUCUCCUUUAAGCUCUUUUUAAACAUCAUUAGUGUAUAGUAGUCUUUUGCCUUUUUGUGACAUUUGCCAUGAAACGCAGUGUCUUUGAAUCUCACUCAUGUUUAGCGUUCUUCAGAAAGGAUUGUGCAGCUUGUUCUUCUCUUUUUACCAGGUUUGUGAAAAAGAGCCAGAUUUUUUUUCAUGCUAGUAUUGACUCUGUUGGAUUCCCAAAUACAAGAGUCAAGAAUGAUUUUAUUUUUUUUUUUUCAUUUUGUUUGUUUUUGCUAACAAGUGUGUUUGCAUUCUUGCAAAUGAAUUGUUUUAUACUGUACAGUGAGGUGAGUUAAACCUAUUUUUCUAAU